CGUAAAUUGAUUUGUAUCUUCGCAUUGAAGUAUGUAGUUCCAGUGCCAUUCGAUUUCUCUUCUUGGUUUGGAGAUCAGAAGAGGAAACUCUGCGGUGAAUGCCUCCACAAUGAGUGGAGAGGAGCAGAUGAUGCAAGGGGGCACACCGGGAUCGAAUGGCCAAGAAGAGAGGAUUUUCGUUUCGGUUAGGGUGAGGCCUUUGAAUGAGAAAGAGAUUUUGAGGAACGAUGCGUCCGAUUGGGAAUGCAUCAAUGGAAACUCAAUCAAGUUCAAGCACAACCUGCCGGACCGUGCCAUGUUUCCCUCCUCCUAUACAUAUGAUAGAGUAUUUGGUAGUAACUGCCCCACAAAGCGGGUGUAUAAAGAAGGAGCAAGGGACGUUGCCCUUUCAGCAGUCAACGGUAUUAACUCAAGCAUUUUUGCAUAUGGGCAAACCAGCAGUGGAAAGACGUACACCAUGAGUGGAAUUACUGAAUAUGCAGUAGCAGAUAUAUAUGAAUACGUAGAUAUGCAUAAAGAAAGGGAAUUUGUGUUGAAGUUCUCUGCCAUGGAGAUUUAUAACGAAGCUGUGAGAGACCUCCUCAGCUCAGACAAUGUUCCACUUAGACUUCUAGAUGACCCAGAGAAAGGUACUGUUGUUGAGAGACUUACGGAGGUGACUCUGAGGGACUGGGACCAUCUGCAAAAGCUACUUUCCAUCUGCCAUGCUGAAAGGAAGAUAGGAGAGACCUCUCUGAAUGAAACUAGCUCCAGAUCUCAUCAAAUUUUGCGACUGACAAUUGAAAGUUCUGCUCAUGAAUAUAUAGGCGCUCCAAGCACUCUUAUGGCUACAGUGGAUUUUGUUGAUCUUGCCGGUAGUGAGCGUGCUUCUCAGACAUCAUCAGCUGGUGCAAGAUUGAAAGAAGGUUCCCAUAUAAAUCGCAGUUUACUGACACUUGGAACUGUAAUCCGCAAAUUAAGCAAGGGAAGAACUGGGCAUGUUCCUUAUAGGGACUCUAAGCUAACACGCAUUCUGCAGAACUCUCUGGUAGGCAAUGCCAGAACAGCGAUUAUUUGCACCAUGAGCCCUGCGCACUGUCACGUUGAGCAAUCAAGAAACACACUCUUGUUUGCAAGUUGUGCUAAAGAGGUGACUACUAAUGCACGGGUCAAUGUGGUGGUGUCUGAUAAAGCAAUGGUAAAGCAACUGCAAAGAGAGUUGUCUAGACUAGAGAAUGAGUUGAAGAGCUUGGUGUCGAAUUCCAUCACGUACGAUUUUGCUGCCUUACUGAAGGAGAAAGAUCUUCUGAUUGAAAAGAUGGGCCAAGAGAUUAAAGAAUUGACUCAGCAAUCUCAGCUUACUGAGUCUCGCAUUAAGAAUAGUCAGCAGUCAGUUGGAGGAGACCAGUUUUUAAGAAUUGAUGAAUAUUCUAUAUCAGAGUCAUCAGGUCCAGCAAAUCCUCUUUGUCUUGAUCUAGGUCCCAGAACAUGCAGUACGUCUAAAGAUCUUCACGGAUCCAGUGUGCAUAAUUCCAACAAGGAUCACCAACAAUUUUCUGGUAAUUCAGUGGACAACUUACUGCUGGAUGUCAGUACUCCUAAGUUUGUUGACCCUGAUCUAUAUCGGUCUGGGGAGGAGAUUGCUGAAAGAGCUGAUGCAGCCUCUGAAGAUAACUGCAAGGAAGUUCGAUGUAUUGAAGUGGAGGAAUCUCCAGGAGAUCAAAAUAUUGAAUCCGUUCUUCCCUUACCUGGUCCUAUAGAACAAGUUGGACAAUUCCCCUUGAGAGAGCCCCUGAAUGAAGAUGUUGUAACAUCCCCACAGAAGGGACCUAAGGAGGCAACAAAUGGAGAUGCUGUAACAUCCCAACAGAAGGGACCUGAGGAGGCAACAAAUGAAGAUGCUGUAACAUCCCAACAGAAGGGGUCUACGAAGGCGACAAAUGAAGAUGCUGCAACACCCUCACAGAAGGGAUCUGAGGAGGCUAUGGAUGAAGAUGCAGUGUCAUAUCCACAGAAGCGAUCUGAGGAGGUUAUGAAUGAAGAAGCAGUAUCAUCCCCAGAGAAGGUAGCUAAGGAUAUGAAUGGUGUUGAUGACGACAACACUUACAAUGAUCUGAAGCAAAGAAUUCAGAGCAUGCAAAAGGCCAUCAACCGUCUGAUCAGUUUCUGUCCUUCAGACCGAUCUCCAUCCUCUGAAGCAUAUUUUUUGUCUAGCACUAGAAGCUCGAAAUUCGCUAGAAGCAAAAGUUGUAGGGCAAUUAUGCAAUCUGCUCAUUGGUUCGAGAAGGCAGAACAGAAUGAAAACACGCCACCUGCUGGGUCUGAGAAGGAGUACUUCCCCAGCAUUAAAGAAGGCCCUCAGAGAAGUCUUUCUGCAAUGAAGCUUGGUGCCAGAAGUGGAAAUUUUUUGAGAAAAGCUUCUCAAAAUUAUGUUAAGAGCGUUUCCACAGAAGAACAGAACAGCAGGAAGUCUGAUACAGAGGAUGCGAAAAGCACCCCCAAUUUUACUGCAAGACAGAGUGAAGCGGCCAAACCUCAGUCCAAGAGACUAUUUAAUGAUUUGGAACGAGAUGCCGCAAUAAGGACCUAUGAGCACAGGAACAGCGUAAAAGAUGCUGGCGUGCAUGGUGCCUUGCUGCCUGGUUCUAAUUGGCCCUUCGAUUUUGAAAGGCAGCGGAGAGAAAUAAUUCAACUCUGGGAUGCUUGCAAUGUGCCAUUGGUUCACAGAACCUUUUUCUUUCUUCUCUUCAAAGGUGAACCAUCGGACGCAGUGUACUUGGAAAUAGAGCUCAGACGGUUGUCCUUUCUCAAGGUUAUAUUUUCAAAAGGAAGUAGCAAAGAGAAUCGAACUCUAACACCAGCUUCAAGUGAGAAGGCUCUCAAUCGCGAGAGAAAAAUGUUGAGCAAGAGAGUGAAGAAGUUCUCAGAGAAGGAACGAAAACGCCUUUAUCAAAAAUGGGGUAUUGGGUUGAAAACCAAAAGAAGGAGCCUUCAAUUGGUACACCACUUAUGGAAGGUACCAAAGGACAUGCACCAUGUGCAGGAGAGUGCUGUCCUUGUUGCGAAGCUGGUGGGCUUUGUGGAAACAGGCCAAGCCCCGAAGGAGAUAUUUGGACUCAGCUUCUUAUCCUCCUGGCCGCUAAACCGGAAAACCUUUAGAUGGAAACACAGUAGUUUGUCUCUUCUCUCAUAAGCUUUUUGGAACUAGAAAGGUACGGUACCUAUGUUGAAAUAUCUCCUUCUGAUUCUUACCAUAUAAACCCCCUCCACUUACUAAAUUGGAAGCAUUUUUCAUUUCCUCUCUUCCAUCUAUUAUUUUCUCUCUCUCCCCUUCCCCUUUUUUAUUUGUUUCCUUUUCUUUCUUGUUUCGAGUUGUUGUCAGCGAAAUUUGACUCGAGAUGAAAUGGAUAUUUUGUCUCACUGAACAAUAGAGCCCGGGUUUUGAUUUCUUAAGAGAACACUAAAUUAACUGAAUAAAUUCCUUUUUUACUGCAGGACACAGCCCAC